UUCGACCCGCGCGCUCUACCGAGCACGCGCCGUGCAGCUGCAGAGAUGCUGCCGCCGCUGCCCCGGACGGACUGCAGCAUCACAGAUGGUUAUAAUCCACCCGCGGGUCACAAUUCUCUGCCGCACCGUGAAAGGAGAGGCUACAGCUCCGUCGCACUGACCUGAACCCCUUCACCAGAGGGCCCCCCCUUUGAGGAGAGAGAGAGAGAGAGAGACAGGAUCCCUCACCCUUUGACUGCCCUCACUUGUCUCCACUUCUCUAUUGAGGCAGAGAGAGAUAAGAGAGACGACACGAUCGCCACGGUGACGUUGUGCCCCUGCGGACCGAUGCCACGACCUUUCGCCCUCACAAACAUCUGACCCUUGACCCUCUUUGUCCUCGCCCCCCCCCCCUCCCCCCCGUCUACUGAGACCGAGGCAGCGAAAGAGAGAGAAGGAUCCCAACAGUCCCCACCUCCCCCCCCCCCCAUCGCCGAAACAACACCACAACGUUUGAAGCGUCUGACCUUUGACCCUUCGGUCGGGUCAUGACCACCACCAUGGAGAAGCUGGACCCCCGGCGGGUGCAGUGGGGGGCCGCCUGGAACACCUUCACCUCCCGGGUGUUCCGGACCAAGCCCGUGGAGUCCAUGCUGGACUCGGCCGCCGCGGCGGGCCCCCCGGGGCCCCGGCUGGCCCGCGUGCUGUCCACCGUGGACCUGGUGUCCUUGGGCGUGGGCAGCUGCGUGGGCACCGGCAUGUACGUGGUGUCCGGGCUGGUCGCCAAGGAGAUGGCCGGGCCGGGCGUCAUCGUGUCCUUCAUCAUCGCCGCCGUGGCGUCCAUACUGUCGGGAGUGUGCUACGCCGAGUUUGGCGUGCGCGUCCCCAAGACGACAGGCUCCGCCUACACGUACAGCUACGUGACGGUGGGCGAGUGCGUUGCGUUCUUCAUCGGGUGGAACCUCAUCCUGGAGUACCUGAUCGGGACGGCCGCGGGCGCCUCGGCCCUGAGCAGCAUGGCCGACUCGCUGGCCAAUCACACCAUCAGCCACUUCAUGAUCACACACAUCGGGACCCUCACGGGGCUGGGUAAAGGGGAGCAGUCGUACCCUGACCUGCUGGCGCUGCUGAUCGCGCUGGUGGUGACGGUGAUCGUGGCGCUGGGUGUGAAGAACUCGGUGGGCUUCAACAACGUGCUGAACGUCAUCAACCUGCUGGUCUGGGUCUUCAUGAUGAUCGCCGGACUCUUCUUCGUCAACGGGGACAACUGGGACGAAGGCCGCUUCCUGCCCUACGGCUGGUCGGGGGUGAUGCAGGGCGCGGCCACCUGCUUCUACGCCUUCAUCGGCUUCGACAUCAUCGCCACCACGGGCGAGGAGGCCAAGAGCCCCAACACCUCCAUCCCCUACGCCAUCACCGCCUCGCUGGUCACCUGCCUCACCGCAUACGUGUCGGUGUCGGUGAUCCUGACGCUGAUGGUUCCGUACGGGGAGAUCGACGCGGACGCGCCGCUCAUGGAGAUGUUCAGCGUGCACGGCUGCAUGUUCGCCAAGUACAUCGUGGCGGCGGGCUCCAUCGCCGGGCUCACGGUGUCGCUGCUGGGCUCGCUGUUCCCCAUGCCGCGCAUCAUCUACGCCAUGGCCGGGGACGGCCUGCUCUUCAAGUUCCUGGCCCACGUGUCGUCCUACACCGAGACCCCCGCCGUGGCGUGUGUGGUGUCGGGCUGCCUGGCCGCCGUGCUGUCCCUCAUGGUCAGCCUCCGGGACCUCAUCGAGAUGAUGUCCAUCGGGACCCUGCUGGCCUACACGCUGGUGAGCCUGUGCGUGCUGCUGCUGCGCUACCAGCCCGAGGGCGACAUCCACGGCUUCGUCAACUUCCUGUCGGAGGAGCAGCAGAACAGCCGGCGGCGGGAGGGCGUGCUGGCGGAGCGCGAGAAGCACGCCGCCUCGCCCACCAGCGAGGCGGACGAGGAGGGCGGCGGGGGCGGGGCCGGGGGCGGGGCCGGGGCCGGGGGCGGGGCCACCAACACCUGCGGCGCAAAGAACCUCCCGUCGCUCGGCGACAACGAGAUGCUGAUCGGGAAGCCCGACAAGACGGCGUACACGGCCAGCCACCCCAACUACGGCACGGUUGACAUGGCGACCGGCAUCGAGGCCGAGGAGGACGAGGGCGGGCUCUCCCGCCGGCUGAAGAAGCUGAUUGGCCCGCGGUACUACACGCUGAGGAUCCGAUUGGGCCUGCCCGGGAAGAUGGACCGGCCCACCCCGGCCACGGGGCGGACGGUGAAGGUGUGCGUGGUGCUCCUCUUCGUCCUCAUCUUCGCCUUCUGCUCCCUCGUCAUCUUCGGAGCCAGCAGCAUCGGGGCGGGCUCCUGGUGGGCGGUGAUGCUGCUGAUGCUGCUGCUGGUUGCCAUGGCGCUGCUGAUGGUGGUCAUCGUGCAGCAGCCCGAGAACCCCAAGCGUCUGCCCUACAUGGCGCCCUGCGUGCCCUUCGUCCCCGCCGCCGCCAUGCUGGUCAACGUUUACCUCAUGCUCAAGCUCUCCGCCAUCACCUGGAUACGCUUCGCCAUCUGGUGCCUGAUAGGCGUCCUCAUCUACUUCGGCUACGGGAUGUGGAACAGUAAGCUGGAGGUCCGCGCGCGGGAGAGCGAGGUCCACGCCUCCACGUACCAGCGCUACGACCAGGGCGUGGACGAGGGCUUCUGCGGCUUCGACGACGACUUCUACCCCCCCGACGCCGCCGCCGCCGCCGCCACCGCUGCCGCCGCCAGCGACCCCUGGGGGGCGGAGCCGGCCGCCGGGGCGACGGGGCUGAGCCCGCCUCCGGAGGGAAAGCCCGGGAGAGGCGGCGGUGAGGGGGCGGGGCCGAGGGGCGGGGCCAGGACCGUAACCAAUCACGGCCUUGCUGAGGAGGAUCCGAUGGAUUUCUGAGUUUUUGGCUGACGCUGUCUCGCCCUGAAUGUACUGCCCUGUCUUCUGCCUGGGGUCUGGGGGGCUGCUGGUGUGUGUGUGUGUGUGUGUGUGUGUGUGCGUGUGCGUGUGCGUG